UUUUCUCGUCACUAUUCGCACAGCCAAAGCAGAAGUGGUCGUCGUAGUUCCAAUAGUGAAAUACACCCGUUAGGUUUUUUUUUUUUUUUUAGUUUCACAAAUCGUUUUCAGGGUUUUCGAGUUUGACGUAUCCACAUCGAAUCGUCACUAUAAUCCCAAACCAUCUCCGAAUCAAAUCAACAUGAUCCUUCACGUAGCGUUUGCAGCGUUCCUGUUGGUAAAUUCGGCGAUCGCCGAUGCCGGUGAACAGGAACAGGUGGCUGUUACAUCUGACGAGGGCGUGCUUGUGUUAACAAAAGACAACUUCCAAAACAUUAUCUCGUCGUCUGAAUAUCUGCUUGUCAAAUUUUAUGCACCAUGGUGUGGUCAUUGUAAACAAUUAGCACCAGAAUAUGCAAGUGCAGCCCAGCAUUUAGCUCAAAAUGAAUUAUCAGUUAAAUUGGGCAAAGUAGAUGCUACUAUUGAGAGCGACUUAGCUGAACAGUUUGGUAUCCGAGGAUAUCCAACUUUGAAGUUCUUUAAAAAUGGAAAACCAAUUGACUAUACAGGUGGACGAACCAAGGAUGAAAUUAUUCAAUGGGUACUAAAGAAGUCUGGCCCAGCUGCAAAAGUUUUGCAGUCAGAAGAAGAAUUCAAAUCAUUCAUUGAGGGAAAACAUGUUGCUAUUGUUGGCUUUUUCGAAAAUUUAGAAUCAGAUGCAGCAAAAUUAUUUUCAGAACUGGCUGACUCUGUUGAUGAUCAUCCAUUUGGUCUUGUAUCAGAUUAUUCUAAAUUUUCUGAUUUAGAACACAAGGAUACAUUUGUUUUAUACAAAGAUUUUGACGAAAAGAAAGUUGCAUAUGAUCAAGAGUUUUCUGAUGUUGAAGAGAUCAAAAGAUUUAUUUUUGUUCAUUCGUUGCCUCCCGUUAUAGAAUUCAACCAAGAAACUGCCCAAAAAAUAUUUGGUGGUCAAAUUAAGAGUCAUUUAUUACUUUUCUUAUCUAAAAAAGAAGGACACUUCGACAAAUUUAUUGAUGACAUCAAGCCUGUUGCACUUGAAUUCAGAGGAAAAAUUGUAUUUGUUACUAUUGAUGCCGAUGAAGAAGAACAUCAAAGGAUUUUGGAGUUCUUUGGAAUGAAAAAGAAUGAAGUACCAAGCAUGAGAGCCAUCAAACUUGAAGAUGAUAUGACCAAGUUUAAACCAGAAUCUCCUGAAUUAACUGGAGAAAAUGUAAAGAAAUUCGUCUCAGAUUUUAUUGAAGGAAAAGUUAAGCAACAUUUACUUUCUGAAGAAUUACCUGAAGAUUGGAACAAAACCCCAGUCUGGACUUUGACUGCUACUAACUUUGAUAGUGUAGCUUUGGAUUCAACUAAGAAUGUUCUUGUUGAAUUUUAUGCCCCAUGGUGUGGACAUUGUAAACAGCUUGCUCCAAUUUUCGAUAAGGUUGGAGAACAUUUUGCCGAUAAAGAUGAUAUUAUCAUUGCAAAAAUGGAUGCUACAGUUAAUGAACUAGAACAUACCAAAAUCUCCAGUUUCCCCACACUAACAUACUACCCAAAGGGAGAUAAUCCAAAAGCCAUUGAAUAUAAUGGAGACAGAACAUUAGAAGCAAUCAUUAAGUUUAUUGAAGCUGAUGGAAAACAAGAAAGUCCUUCUAGCGCAUCGAGUGAGGAAGAAGAAGAUGAAGAAGAACGCGAGAAGCCUAAAGAUGAAUUGUAGAUACUAAUUGUAAUUAAAUGUUUAAAAUAAUAAUUAAUUUUUUUGUCAUCUUACUUGUGAAAAACUUCAGCACAUUAGAGUUCAACAACUGGACUAAUACCUAAUUGUGUAUGUAUAGCUAAUUUUGGUUGUAUUUGCAUUAUUUAAACUCUAAAAAAUUGGUAUUAUUACGAUUGUAAGAAAAACAAUUUUAAUUUAAUUCUCAUAAUGUACCCUUUUUCAAGACUGUCAUAGAUGGUUCUGAAAUGGACUUCUUAAGAACCAUAUUAUUUUAAAUCAAUGUCUAUGAUGUUUCCUUGAUAAGUAAAAUAAAAAUAAUGAAAUUAAUAUUUAUAUUUUUAAUUAAUUCGUGAAUCAUUAUUUUAAGUUAUAAUUAAAAACAUUUAUUUAUUAAAUCACAAUUACUCAAAUUCUUGAGUAAUUUAAUUUAUAGAUCUUUUUACUAAUUUUAUAUACUAAUAUUAACAUUGAUUUCUGAAAUUAAUUGUAAUGGUAAAGUUUAGCCAUAGAUAUUUAUUUAUACUUUGAUAUCAAUCAUCAUAUAUAUAUUUAUAUUUUUUUUUACAUUUGUUAUGUAUUAAAAACAAGCGUGGGUGUAUUUUUAUUUUAACAUCACAAAAAUUCAUAUUUUUACUUCAUUUGGUUUGUUAAAAUGUUAUCUUUUUGUAGUUACUUUAAAAUAAAUGCUUUAUGAUUUAAUAUAACUUUAAUUUAUUAUGGUGGUUUAAAGGACACAUUUUUAAAGAUGGUUGUAUAACAAUAUUCAAAAAAUGUGAUAGUCAAUGGAAUGUGAGUUUAAUUUAGUUAUUUUUAAUCAGUGUAUAAUUGCUACACAUGAGACGAUGUUUUACCAAAUAAUUGUUUUUUUGAUCAGUGUAUAAUGCUAAGUGCUAAGUUGUACUUAUAAUAUAAAUUUUGAUUCCCAGAAAUGUUAAUAUAAAAAUAUAAUAUAUCACAAAAUCACUUAAAAUAUAAGAUUUAAUUAUAUAAAUUAUAGUUAUAACCUUAUAGUUAGGUAUUUCAAAGUAUAUGUUAUUAUCGAUUAUAUUUUGUUAAGGAAUGUUCCAAAUAUAUUAUGUAAUCCUACA